UUUAAGAAUCAUGACACAGAAAGAAACUGAAAGUGAAGUUAUUUCCUGGGAAACAAACAAGAUCUGCGUCGUCAUUAUUUCUCCUUUACAGACCAACACCAACAGACAAAUGGCCUCCAGCAACAGUCUCUUAUCCGAGGAGCAGCUACGUUGUCCCAUCUGCUUGGAUGUGUCGACUCGGCCAGUUUCCACUCCAUGUGGACACAACUUCUGCAUGUCCUGCAUCACGUCCUACUGGGACAACAUACCAGUCAGCCUGUGCCCGUUCUGUAAGGAGACUUUUGAAAGGAGACCGGACCUCAAGGUCAACACUUUCAUCUCACAGCUUGCGUCGCAGUUCAUGUCGCUUCAAGUGACAGACGAUCACAUCCGAAGCCUGGCCCAACAGCAGGCUCGCUGUGGUGGAGCGGUGCUGUGUGAUAUCUGUACGGACACCCAGCAAGACGCUGUCAAAUCCUGUCUGGAGUGUCUGACUUCUUACUGCGACGUCCAUCUAGAGCCUCAUCACAGAGUUGCCGGCCUGAAGAGACACACACUGGUUGAGCCCUUGGCAAGCCUGGAGGACAGGAUCUGCAAGGAGCACUUCAGACUACUGACGUUGUUCUGUAAAAACGAUGAGGUUUUGCUGUGUGACGUCUGCACCGGUUUGCGCCACGUGAACCAUGACGUCAUUCCUGUGCAGCGAGCGUACAAAGAGAGGAAGGCUCUACUGGGGGUCGCUGAGGCCAAAUUACAGCAGAUGAUACAGGAAAGGCUGCAGAAGAUCCGAGCCAUAGAACAAAGCAAGACAGAAACCAAAGAUGAGAUAGCAAACAGCGUGCAGGACUUUGCGGCGCUUGUGAAGGUGAUCGAGGAGAAACAAAAAGCAGCAGAAGAACAAGCAGAUGGGUUUAUUAGCGGUAUGGAGCGAGAGAUCACCGAGCUGCAGAAGACAACGAUGAAGCUGAGGGAGCUGAAACAGACUGAAGACCCACUUUGUUUCCUCCAGAGCUCCCCAAACCCAUCCAUCCUCCCACACACAAUGGACUUGUCCACAUUCAGCUUUAACAGACAAGUGGAGAUACACCACAUAUUGAAAUCAUUAAGCACACAAGUCUCUCAACUGCAAAUGUUGCUAAAUAAAAUGAGCACAGAAAUCCAAAAAGUCUCUGAUGGCACAGAUGUGUCAAAUGAUGCGACGCUGAGAUAUAUGCAGCAGUAUGAAGUGGACGUUGUGCUCGAUCCUGAUACAGCUAACCCUUGGCUCAUUAUAUCUAACGACAGGAAACAGGUGAGAUACAGCAAGGUUUCAGGUUUGAGGAGGAACCAGAACCCGAACAUGUUCACUGUAAUGUAUGCAGUUCUGGGACAGAGAGGCUUCUCGUCAUGCAAGUUUUACUUCGAGGUGUUCGUGGGUGGAAAGACUGAAUGGUGUCUGGGCGUGGUCGCGGCAUCAGUCCCGAGGAAGGAGGUCCCUCUCUGUGGACGCUGGACCAUCCGGUUCGUAAAGGACAAGUUUGAAACUUUCAGUUCUCCAAACGUGCCAGUACACUUGGGGAAAGUUGAACGGGUCGGUGUGUUUGUGGAUUAUGAAGCAGGGCAAAUUUCCUUCUAUGACGUACAGACCGCAACAAUCAUUUACUCGUUUACUGAGUGCGUCUUUACUGAAGAUCUGUAUCCGUACUUUAGUCCUUGUGAUGAUGAACACGGUUCAAACUUGGGUCCAAUGAUAAUUGUUCCUGUCAGUGUGGAUUCAGAGUGAAUGGAAGUUCCAGAGACUCACUGAUUUGUGGUAGCCACUAAAAUGCAACUGAUGUGUUUCAUUGCAAAGAAGAUUUUUGUCAAAAAGACAGAAGAGUAAAUAUAAAAUAAUGAAUGAAUCCGGUGCAGGAGAUGUAAAUGCAUAAAAGGAGAAAUUGGUAGAGAAAUUACAACAAUGCAACGUGUGCAGAUUAUCACUAUUUAAUUAAGUGAGGUGGUGGUGUUUAUGUUUGGUGUGGUUGCAGAACAUAGUGAUUAUUUUAAAGAGGAAAAAAUAUGAUUCAUCUAUGGGUAGGGUGUUUUAUAACAGAUCUAUUUCCAGAGCUCUCUGGUUGAUGGUUAAGCAUCAAAAGUCUUACAAUACAUUAUCAAAAUACACUAACAUGUAUCUUGACCCCGCACACCUGUGUAAAGGUGAACCCAAAAUAAAGAAAUACAUAUUUGGCAACUAGCGGUUAUAUUGGCAAAGAAAUAUCAUUAAAUGCUUGAAAUAGGAAGAGCACAAAUCUACAGCACAUAGCACAAAGACAUUGGUCCAUUUCCAAUGUCCACUAUUACAGACUAUAACCUGAGGGCUCAGGGCUCUAGUAUAAAAUGUGUUAAAGGGCUCUCUGGUUGACUUUUUGAGCCCUUUAUGCAGACUUUCUGUAAGUCUGCAACACUGCAGAUUUUGAUCAGGGGAAUAACCCACAAUGCAAAGGUUAAAAUGGCAAAAACAGUGUAAUUCCCCUUUGGGCUGUGUAAAUAAUAGAAUUUCAAUUACAAUUCGUUUCCGACAAUUAUGAAAACAAGAUAAAUUGACAUUAAACAAUAAUUGUGCAGCAUUCUGUUUCGCAAUGACGCCCUCGCUGUAGUGAUGUAGCUUAUAACGGAUCUUUCUCACAAAAGAUGGUAGGAAAAGCACGGGUGUAAAUACUGAAAUUCAAGAUGUCUGAAUUCCAUUUAGCUGCUUCAGUUUCAGGGUUAUUGUAUUGUACAUGCUGGCUCACUGUCAUGACUUACUGGGACACUUACCGGGCAUGUGAUUUUGUAUGCUGAUUUCUUUUUUUUUAGGAUUACACAAAAUGUAUGUCUCGUCAAUGUAGUUAAAAAUAUGUUUAAAGCUGUAUAUGAUGGUAAUAAAACUUUAAUAGCCAGCUUGAUUAAAUUUUAAUAAAGUAAAAAAGCAUUACGUAACUAAA